AUGAAGGGAGAAAAGAAAAUCCGCGUUUUGCCGUUUCUCAUCUUGGCUCUUCGUUGCACCUUGGGGCAAUCAGACUACGCUCCAUAUUUUUAUGAUAACGGACCAAGUAGUACAAAUGGGAACAUGGCACUAUUCAGCAUCUCGGAGGACACGCCAGUUGGUACACACGUAUACACCCUUAACGGCACCGAUCCGGAGGGGGAUCCGGUGCGAUAUGGGCUGUCUUUUGAGAAGGGCUCCAGAGAAUGUUUUAAAGUGGACCCCAAGUCAGGAAACGUGACGCUAGUCCAGGCACUAGACAGAGAGAAACAAGAUGAAAUCUCAGCACUCGUAAGCAUCACGGAUGGCCGCAAUAAAGUUGUUGAGACGGUAAGAGUGUUUAUCACUGACUCCAAUGAUGAGCGACCUGAAUUUCAACACCUGCCUUUCAUCAUUGACAUACCAGAGGACACCACUCCUGGUAGCAGCAUCUACAGAGUCCAAGCAGUGGAUAAAGACAUAGGCUCCGGCGGCAGUGUCUCAUACUCCCUACAGAGCACACCUGCUGGCAAGUUCACCAUUGACGGACACAGCGGAGUCCUCAGGAUCAAGCCCGGUGAGACCUUGGACUACGAGACCACAGCGACGCAUUUUGUGACGGUGGUUGCCAAGGACGGCGGUGGAAAAUACAAGGAAAAACACCAAGUGAUGUCCUCCACAGCCACCAUAACCGUUAAUGUCAUUGAUGCCCAAGACACGCCUCCGUCUUUUAUCGGCACCCCUUACUUUGGCUACAUCUAUGAGGUCUCGGUUCCUGGUUCCGAAAUAUUCACCGUGUACGCCAGAGAUGGAGACCAGGGCAACCCUAACCCCAUAAAUUAUUCUAUUAUCAAUGAUGAUGAUGGUGUCUUCGACAUCAACAGCACGAGCGGCUGCAUCAGUCUGGCAACUCAUCCUUCCCAGCUGAAAAAUGAACUAUACGAAAUUAGAGUCAAGGCCUCUGAGGUUGGUCCAAAUGAGCAGCUGUGGGACUCGGACAUCACCACAGUGACGGUGCGUGUGGUGGAUCUGAACAACCACCCUCCAACCUUCUACGGCGAGAAUGGACCGCAGAACAAGUUUGAGGUCACUAUGUACGAACACCCACCGGCAGGGGAGAUCCUCAGGGGCUUUAAGAUAACUGUCAAUGACUCAGAUCAGGGAGCUAAUGCUAAGUUCAAACUGAGGCUGGUGGGUCCGGGUCGAGUCCUCCGUGUGGUACCCCAGACGGUGUUAAAUGAAGCACAAGUGACCAUUAUUGUAGAAGACACGUCUGGCAUCGACUACGAGAAGGGACCAACCUUGUCUUUCAAGCUCCUAGCAGUGGAAAUUGACACGCCGGAGAGGUUCAGUGCAACAGCUGACAUAGUGAUUAACCUCCUGGACACAAACGACAACAUUCCCAGAUUCACAUCAGAAUAUUACAUCGCCCGGAUCCCCGAGAACUCCCACGGGGGCUCUAACGUUGUCUCUGUAACAGCAAAAGAUCCAGAUUCUGGGCCUUGGGGGGAAGUCAAAUACACGAUUUAUGGAUCAGGGGCCGAUUUAUUUGCUAUCCACCCAUCAUUGGGCAUCAUCUACACCCAGCCAUGGGCCACCCUGGAUGCAGAGGUGAGGUCCAAGUACAACUUCUAUGUCAAAGCUGAGGAUUCAGAGGAAAAAUACAGCUUGGCUGAGGUGUUUGUCACCGUCCUCGAUGAAAAUGACCACUCCCCGGAGUUUGACGAAAGUUACCUCGAAAAGACCAUGAUCAUUGGUGCACCUGUCAGAGUAGAGGCAGUGGAUGGAGAUGCGGAGUCUCCCAAUAAUGUCAUUGAGUACUCCAUCAUGAAAGCUGAGCCAGACAACAUAUUUAUUAUCAAUGCUGAUACGGGGGACAUCAAGCUCAAGCCUUACAUCAAGUCCAUGGAGAUUGUUCAGAACAUCACCAACCAAAAGGACUGCAAGUGGUCUCUAGUUAUCCAGGCCAGGGACAGAGGCUUGCCGUCCUUCAGCACGACAGCCGUGGUCAACAUUGAUAUCACCGAGGCGACUCCUCUCAAGGGGCCUAUGGCGGCCUUUUUAAUGAAAAGUAGGUACAAUCCUAUGAAAGCCCUAGGCAUGCUCACUGGUAUCAUUAGCUUAUUGGUAGGAGUGACUGUCUUGAUCUCUACGGCUAUGUACAUACGCAACACAAAGUCAAACAGGAUCAUGCCAGCCCGCCGCAUCAUCAGGAGGCCGCCCAGGAACCACCAGACGUGGGCCUUCAGGAUGCCCUUCUUCAAAACCGACAGACCCUCAGACAAGUUCCUCAUUGGCGACCCGCAGGGAAACCCCAAACGGGGUGUAGGCAGUCCCCGGGAGAAGCCUCCACCCCCCUGCGCCCCCUCCCUCCCCCCUCCGCCCACCGGUAACACGCGGCCCAGUGAGCGGCUGCGGCCCAUAAUCUCCGUGCCCACAAUCUCCGGUGCGCUGGCGUCCAAGGGCUCCAAGAAAUCAAAAUCCAGCCGCAGCAAAGACGGGAAUGUAAGCUCCGCCUUAGUUUCAGAGCUCAAAAUGAAGCUAGAGCAGAAAAUCAGUGAGAGCAACCAAGGCUUUUAUUACUGA